AUGAUCUACAAUGAGAAAGGCCACAAUCCAGCACAUCAGGGCUCAUUUCGACAUCGCAGCUUCGAGUUCCGUGAUUUGAUUCUGGUGGCUUGUGCUGCUGUUGCUGGAACGCUCGCCUCCCUUCUGCUGUUUUCUUUUCUCUAUUCAUGGCUGUGGCCUUCCGCUUUCAUACCGGAUUUGCCUUUCAACACGCUCAAGACCUGGAUACAGAAUGAUGACUACGUUGAGUCAGCAGAUUGGGCGAAGAAAUGGAAUGCGCUGAUGCCACAUGAUAUGGGCUUCGUCGAAGUUCCAGAUCCUUCACGGUACGGGCUUAUAGGAGGCUUCCCAUUGAACAGUACGUUCGUGACCGACGCAGAUGGCCACCGCUUGAAGAGUCAUCCUGGAUCGAAGGCCGAAGCAUACUGCCUGUCAGUCAUGCACCAAUUGCACUGCCUCACCAUCAUCAAGGAGCAAUUCGAGAAAUACAGGAACGGAGCAAUAGACUCCACGAUAGAUCACCAUACUCCGCAUUGCUUCGACUACUUGCGACAAGCCGUCAUGUGCUCCGCGGACAUGUCACUCGAACGAGCGAGUCUUGAUGAUCAGGGAAAUAUAGAACUGGCUGUGGAUGGGUGGGGCAAUCAGCAUAAGUGUCGAAGUUGGGAGGCCGUUCAGGCAUUUGCGGCAAGACAUGGAAUUACGACAGGGAGAGGUGGUUCGAAGUUGGAGGGUUUUGAGCAUAUGCACGAGGUGCAUUGGUGA